CUCAUCGCCACUAGUCUAAAGUAACGACAGUUGCAGCCCAAUCUUCACCAGCCAUGCACCACAAGCGACCGUGUAUGCAGAGACCAUCGUUCAACGAAAGAUAAAGUUAGUUUUUUCCGGAUUACGUGACGCUGCUAGCUUGUUUCAAAAUAUCUAUUUAUUUUAAUUUAGCCCUGGAUAAUUAAUGGUUUUGAACGUUCAAGUGUAUUCAACGCGAAAUGUAGUGGAGGUCUCUUUUUUAGUCUCCAAACACUUUAUAGGAGCUAUGUUUACGCCUCUCCGUUUUUCGCCGCCCACCUCAACGGAAACGUGAGAAAGGCCUCUUGGGAAAUGUAUUUCUUUGAUGGAACUGUUGCCGCCAACACCCGCCCGUACAAACGCCUAUCCCACAAUUCACCGCGUUGUUGUUAAUUCCCUGUCUUCCCUCCUCAUGAAUAUAUAUCAGGCAGCAUUUGCGUAGGAGGUCGGGCGCCGUUCAUUUAAUAUUCUAGCGCUGAAUUUUGGUCCAAAUGGGACGCGCAGCGCAGUCACGUCUCCGCCCUGAUCCGUACUUUAGCGCCCGGCCUCUUCACAACGAAUUUAAUCAGCAAAAUGUUGUGGGUUUUUUUUUUGGGAGCAGCGGAGGGGACUUCGACGAGGGAAAGAAGGCACGAAGUGAAUGACUACUAGUGGAAUAAGUCGGAAACACCGCCCAGUUGGCGGACAUUUAUCGCGCCGGGAACGUUUUAUGGUUUCUAAAUGUAGACGUUUUAGUUCUAACCCACUGCGCGCAGUUAUUUAUUUGGAGCGGAGGACUUUUCAUUGGCGGACAUGGAAAGUGUGCAGGCUGUCGCCGUGGACGGAGGCGCGACUAAGUUAAUAAAGAAGCCCGGCGGACUCUCUGUCGCCCGGGGGACUCCGGCGGAUGAUGGCGGUGGUCAGUCGGCUCCCUCCCGCGCACAGGCGAGGAACGGGAGAACCCUUUCUCAUUCCGCCUCAACAGCCGCGUCUAGUGCGUCAAACAGAGCCGCUGCGGCGUCUAAUGGCCGAAGCAACUCCAGCUCUCUCCUGUUGCGACGGCGGCGCUUGAAGAGGAACCUCUCCGCCACGGCGGCAGCAGCAUCCAGCCCCUCAGCUGUCACCGCCAAGAUGAGCUCGGCCCUGUCCUCCGCGUCUCUGCACACACGCAGUCUGGACAGGAAGACGCUGCUGAGGCACCGGCAGAACCUGCAGCUGCAGCCCGCAGACCGCGACUGGGUGAGAGCAGAUCUGCACCGCGGCUGCAUUCACGUCCACCACAGACUGACAGCCUCGUACCCCAGGCCGGUUCUCUGCACUAUGGACACCACCGCCGGGGAGGUGGCGCUCCGCCUGAGCGUUAAAUCCCACAGCAAGUCGAGCUCCGUGCUGCGCAUUUUUGCAAGAGAUACCUCCAAGACUGACCAAAAUGGCAACUGCAAGGUGAAGUGUGGAUAUGAUGAAAGCAACGCAGAGGACUCGAGCUGCAAACACCGGGAUUCCGCUGGAGUCAGGGGCCGUCCGAGUGACAGGCUGAGACUGCUGCUCAUGGAGGACACCGGCGACAGGCAACAGCAACAGGACGUUGAUGAGAAACUUUUCAGCCCGCAGUCAGAGUCACAAGACAAUAUAACCUGUUCAUUAUCUGAUUUAACCUCCAACAUCGAUACACCCAACGAAGAAGAUUCGGAGCACAAGAAUGGCACGGAUAGCUUUGGAUUGAACUCUGGCUCAGACGUGGAGAGCUGUGCAUUUGACGACCUCAGUUCUGGGGCCCAGCUCAGUGAGCACAGAGACUCCCUCAGUGAUGAUAUGAUUCUGGGCACUGAGGCAUCCAUCCUCAGUCCUUCCUUUGAUAGUGCCACAGAGGGCCAUGACAUGUAUGGGAGCUCCUCAGACGAACUGGAGCUGGACUGUCCUGUGCCCAGUGCAGGCUUACGCUCUGUAUCCCGACACCACACCAAUGGCAUCCCUUCUGCCAACGCCAACUACAAGCACCGCAGCGGGGGGCUUUUAACCGACACCUCAAACAGUUUGGGCCAGGAUAUCAGUCGAAACACACGGGGUGGCCUGCACCCCAGCAACAGUGCUGGGUCUUUAUCAAGAGACUGCUCUACAGGUGUUGCACCUGAUGGCCAAGAUCUAGACAACAAACAAGGUGCUGUGAAACUGGGCCAGACGGAACACCAAAAUGAAGUUUCUUCUGAUUCCAGCCCUGCGCUGUAUGUUCAGCUGCACGGUGAAACUGUAAGGAGGCUCAGUCCAGAUGAGAGGCCCCUGCAGAUCCAGAAUGACUUUCUCUUUAAGCUUGGAUUUAAGGAUCCGUGGAGAGUUCAAGAAGAAGGCCUUGACACAGAAAUUGGCUCCUUGUUGCGCUUUUACGCAGGUAAACCCCAAACCAUUGAGAGUUCUGAGCGGGUGCAGCUGUCUGGAACCUACAACGUAAGGAAAGGGAAGCUUCAGCUCCCGGUCAACCGCUGGACCAGACGCCAGGUCAUCCUGUGUGGCACCUGCCUCAUCGUCUCCUCCGUCAAAGAGAGCCAAUCAGGGAAGAUGCACAUUCUGCCGCUCAUUGGAGGAAAAGUAGAGGAGGUGAAGAAGCACAAUCAUUGUUUGGCUUUCAGCUCGGCAGGCCCUCAGAGUCAAACCUACUACGUCAGCUUUGACAGUUUCACCGAGCACCUGCGCUGGCACAGACACGCUGCCAAGAUGGUGUCACAGAGGAUCAACUCAGUGGACCUGUCCUGCUGCAGCCUGGAGCAUCUUCCUUCCAACCUCUUCUAUAGCCACGAUCUCACUCAUCUCAACCUCAAACACAACUUUCUGCCAGCAGACCAGUGCCUUCAGCAGCUACAAAGGUUCACUUGCCUGCGGAGCCUCAACUUGUCCAACAAUCACUUGGGUCAGUUCCCGCUGGCCAUCUGUGACAUCACCACCCUGACAGAGGUCAACCUCAGCUGCAACUACCUGCUUUCUGUCCCCAGUUCUGUGGGUGCCAUGACUAAUUUACAGACGUUCCUGCUGGAUGGAAACUGCUUAAGCGACCUGCCCUCUGAGCUUGGUUCUUUGCAGAGACUUGGAUAUUUAGGCCUGUCCUUCAACCAGUUCAACCACGUGCCGCAGGUGCUGGAGAGGUUGUCCUCCAUGGAGAAGCUGUGCAUGGCAGGGAACUACCUGGAAACGCUCACCCUGCAGAACUUCAGGCUGCUUCACGUCAAACACAUUGAUCUGAGAUUGAAUAAAAUCUCCGUCAUGGUGCCGGAUGAGCCGGACCUGCUGAGACACGUGACCCAGCUGGAUGUGAGGGAUAACAGGCUCACAGACCUUGAUGCCUCUGUCUUUCCAAGGCUGGAGAUGCUUCACUGCGAGAGGAACCGCAUCAUUAGUCUGCGAGUCAAGGGAUGCUUGCUCAAAGGCCUAUAUGCAUCCAACAACGAGCUGCGGCAGCUGGAUGUCAGUCCUGUGCCCUCCAAUCUUAGUUACAUGGACGUCUCAAGGAAUAAUUUAGAGUCUUUGCCAGACUGGCUGGUUGACUCGAAGAGGCUGGAAGUUCUGGACGUCAGCCACAACCUGGUCACCGAGCUCCCGGCGAGGUUGUUUUGCAGCAGCAGUCUGAGGAAGCUGAGUGCAGGACACAACCGCCUGCAGAAGCUGCCUGAGAGAGUGGAGCGCCCUCUGCUGGAGGUUCUCGAUGUCCAGCACAAUCAACUAGUGGAGCUUCCCUGCAACCUGUUCCUUAAAUCUGACAGCUUACGGUGUCUAAAUGCCUCAGCCAAUAAGCUGGAACUCCUGCCGCCCUCCAGCCUGUCAGAGGAAAGCCACAGCAUCCUGCAGGAGCUGUACCUGACCAACAACUGGCUGACAGACAAGUGUGUGCCCAUGCUCACUGGCCACACACACCUUCGAGUUUUGCACAUGGCCUACAACCAUCUCCAGACCUUUCCAGCGAGUAAAAUGGCCAAAUUGGAGGAGCUGGAGGAGGUGGAUCUGAGCGGAAACAUGCUGAAGACCGUCCCCACCACCAUCAUGAACUGCAGGCGAAUGCACACUCUGAUCGCCCACUCCAACACCAUCGAGGUCUUUCCUGAGGUCAUGCAGCUGAUGGAGAUGAAAUGCGUGGAUCUCAGCUGCAAUGAGCUGAGCGAGAUCACUCUCCCAGAAAACCUGCCCCCGAAGCUUCAAGAGCUUGACCUGACGGGAAACCCUCGUCUCAACUUGGACCACAAGACUCUAGAGCAGCUUAAUAAUAUUCGCUGCUUUCGCAUCGAUCUGCCUCCAACCUUCUCAUCGAACGAGGCAUCUGGUGGGCCUGCUGUGUGGAGCCAUGGUUACACGGAGGCCUCAGGCGUCAAGAACAAACUAUGUGUCGCAGCUCUCUCGGUCAACAGUUUCUGCGGCUCUCGUGAAGCUCUGUACGGCGUCUUCGAUGGAGACAGAAACGUGGAAGUGCCCUACCUCCUGCAGUGCACCAUGAAUGACGUGUUAGCUGAAGAACGGCACAAGACAAAAAGUGAGGAGGACUACAUGACCAACACCUUUCUCGUCAUGCAAAGGAAACUGGGAACUGCAGGGCAGAAACUCGGUGGCUCUGCAGCCUUGUGUCACAUUCGCCACGACCCCACCGACCUGGGGGGCUGCUUCACCCUCACUGCUGCUAACGUGGGAAAGUGCCAGGCCAUCCUGUGCCGCGAUGGAAAGCCGCUGUCGCUGUCGCUGCUGCACAAUGUCGGGUUGGAGGAAGAGUAUCGGAGAGUCAGGCAGCACAGAGCCAUCAUCACUGAGGACAAUAAAGUGAAUGGGGUGACCGAUUGCACUCGAAUUAUGGGCUACUCCUUCCUUUACCCUUCGGUUGUCCCUUGUCCGUACGUGAAGACAGUCACUCUCACUCCUCAGGAUGAGUUCUUCAUUCUGGGGAGCCGUGGCCUGUGGGAUGCUGUGUCCCCCACCGAAGCCGUGGAGGCCAUUCGGAAUGUUCCUGACGGGCUGGCUGCCGCCAAGAAGCUGUGCACGCUGGCGCAGGGCUACGGCUGCACCGACAGCAUCAGCGCCGUUGUGGUCCAGCUCAGUGUGAGUGAAGAUUGCUGCUCCUGCUGCUGCUCUGAGCCCCAACAGCCUCCUCCCAGCCCUGGCCUGGGGGCCUAUCCCCCGUCAGCCUCCUCCAUCAAGGAGAGGCCCUCGGACGGCUCCCUCCCCGUACCCCCCUCGUCCUGCAGUGAAAUCAGCAGUGAGAUUAGCACCAGCGAGAUGAGCAGUGAGGUUGGUUCCACAGCCUCCUCCGAUGAGCCCCCGCAGAGCUCCCUGGUGGUCCUGCAGGAGCAGCCUCACCACCCCCACCUCCACCACCAGCCUCAUCUGCUGUCUCUCCAGCAGCAGCAGCAGCAGCAGCUGCAGGCCCACACAGCAACUCAGCCCUGCCAGUAUCUGCUCCCGGGCUCAGAGUUGCCUUCCGCUCGCAGCUGCUGCGCUCUCCAUCCCGCCUGCUUGGCCGGAUCCUUUCAGAGGCAGCUGUCCAGCGCCACCUUCUCCAGCGCCUUGUCUGACAACGGCCUGGACAGUGAGGAUGAAGAGCCCAUCGCUGGGGUCUUCUCCAACGGGAGCCGCGUAGAAGUGGAAGCAGACGUCCACUGCCUCAAAAAGGAGUUGCUCUCAUCACCUCAAACAUCAGGAUCCCCCUCCAUCCAUGAGCGCAACCUGCUCACUCUUCCCCCACCGCCCCCUCCACCACCAAGCACCCCAGAGCCUUUAGAGGAUGGGGUGGAGAUGAACCAAGCAGAACCCGAGAACGGGUUUGAGAGGGAUGAGUCCUGGCAAGGAGACGUGGGAAAGCUUUCAGGAAAACGGAGAGAAAAUGGUUCAGUGGCACGCCAGGAAAAAAGCCACAACCUCAUCGAAGUGGCGGCCGACGCUCCAUCAAAGAAACCUGGAGGUUACUUCACAGCUCCUGCCCAACCGGAUCCAGACGACCAGUUCAUCAUCCCGCCGGAGCUGGAGGAGGAGGUGAAGGAAAUCAUGAAGCAGCAUCAGCAGAAGCAGCAGAAGCCUCCCAGGACGGAUCAACCAACAGACUAUUAUGACACGCCUCUCUGAAGAGCUGCAGCUCCUUCUCCAGACGCACAUGAAGAGGUUCCUCUGCGGCACAGAUCCCUGUGGUGAAAACAGCCGGAGAAACGUGCACUGAAGCCUGCUACACUCAUGCAGUCAAACAAGCAAACAAGCCCUUUAAUGUCAUUCAUGAGCCCACGGACUCGAAUCUCAGAGUCCGUGGAUCUCACCCUUCUUCUUUUUUUGUUUUUCCAGUGGAAAACCAGCUGAGUCUGUAAUGAAUAGAAGUAUAUUUGAAAUGAGUUUGUCACAGCACUUGGGUUUUUUUUCUUCUGUUUUGUUUUGUAAAAACGUACCAUAUCUUUUGAUGUAAAAGCAGACAGGGACUUUUAGAUGCAGUUUAAUCCUUAUAUUAUCAUUGAGCUAUGUUGAACGGUACACCAUUAAAACCACACCUAACUGUUGUAGAUAGGGCACUUUAAAAACAACUAUUUCUUCAGUGAAUCAUGGCCCCUGGCCUGUACAAAUGAUAUAGAAAUUCUUUGUAGAAAUUUGCAAUACUAACUCCUAGGAGUUGCAUACUCUUUACAGUGACUCAGUCACUUUUUACUAAUCUUCUCUGAGAGAAAUGGCUUUUUUUAAUGAUUGUAAAUAAGAGAAAUGUUAUAUACUGCAUACUCGUAUGUCAGUGAAAGUUUUGUUGUGGGGAGGAUGUAUUAUUUUGUUUUUUACCUGACAGCAUAGAGCCACUACAUCUCACACACAAAUCUAAACGUGCAAACACGGGAUAGAAACCAAUAUAACUACAAGAGGUGGCUUUGGUUUGUUGUGAUGUCCCUGUAGUCAUCACUGCAUCUGCUGAACACUAAAAGAUUCCCUGCAUGCACACACAUCGAAAACACACAGACACAGAUUCUCACAGGUUUUAUUAUCCCCACCUCCCUCCUGGAGUAACUGUUAUCACCGGCAUGACUGUGUCCAGGUCAGUAAUAUAAACAAAUAUAUCUAUUCGGGGGAGGGGGGAAGACCACACAAAUGUUUCUGUCUUUGGUAUAAUAAAUUUUAAAUUUGUGUAAAUAAA